ACCUUCACUCAUAAGCCAUUGGAUCAUACCAAGCAGACUAUAAGACUCAUCAGGAUUCUCCCAGAUCGGUCCUCAAGCGGGUUUAUUCAAUGCGACAUCUAUCAUGCCACCAUCGAAGCGGAGUAUGUAUGUUUGUCGUACAUGUGGGGACCCCCGGAGCCAUCCCAGACGAUUCUCAUGAACGGCAAAUACCACCAGAUUGGACCAAACCUCUUCGAUUUCCUCAAUGUGGCGCGGGAGAAAUAUCGCUCGGAGCGGCUUUGGAUCGACGCACUGUGCAUUGACCAGGCGAAUACCGCGGAGAGAAACCACCAGGUGCAGCAGAUGGGGCAGAUAUAUUCCGAAGCUCAGAAAGUGAUCAUCUGGCUCGGGAAAGAGGAUGGACUGGAUCCAAUUUCGCGAUCCAAGUAUGCCGGAAGACCCACUUGGGAUAUGGUAUUCAAGUUUUCCAUUCCCAGGUAUUGGGAAUCCGUGUUCUGCAAUGCGUACUGGACUCGUGCAUGGGUGGCUCAAGAAAUCCUGCUUGCUCGUCGUAGGAUCAUACUCUUGAAUACGACGCAAAUACCCUGGGAGAAGCUUGUGCAUUUCGCGGGUCGGAACCUGAGAGGGCGCAGGAAUGAAUAUGAGCAAUUGUUCGGCGCAAUCAGACAUGUGGCAGCGGGAAAAAAAUCUCUGUCAUUGAUAGAGCUCCUAUUCAGAUUCCGCCAGCAGGAAUGCAAAGUCCCCAGGGACCGCGUGUUUUCCCUACUUUCCCUCUGCAGCGAGGGGAAGCAGCUCCGAGCGGUUUACGAUCUUCCUGAGAGAGACCUACUAUUUCAAAUCCUCGAUUGCUACAAA